AAAAUUGAAUAAUUUACGAGUAGGUUUUACCGCGGAAUGUCACAGGCAGGGUGUAUGUCAAAAUAUAAAAUAAAAGGUCGUGUCAUGCGCACUGGGUACUUCGGCUCGCAGGGACCCAGUCAGUCGCCUCGCGGUUACCGAACGGGCCUCUAUGUGCUCUGCCUUCGAAACUCGACCGUUCGAGCGCGGCGUUUAAAAAUUUAAAUUAAGAACACGUGCGUGCACAUUGAACGGUCAGUUUUUGACAGUGUUUUGAAGUGUUGUGAACUUUUGUGGUAUGAAAUAUAAAGUUAUUCGGUUAACGUAGGAAGUUUAGAAGAAAAUAUAAGUGUCGGAGACAUCGGAAGUGAUUCGGGUUGAUAAUGUGAAAAUUUAAGAGCAAUCAUGAUGAGGGUUGCUGCGCUGCUGUGCUUAUUUGGAUAUUUAGGCAUAUCGUCCGGCGGCGGCGGCGUCAGCGACCUGGACCUAUUCAACACGACGACAAACUACAACGCGACAGAAGGCGUGGAGCCGCACUUCGACAAUGCGACAAAGCGCGACUACACUGCGGCUGUCGGCCAGGCUGCCUAUCUGCACUGCCGCGUCAAAAGUUUAGGCGACAGAGCGGUAUCCUGGAUCCGCAAACGCGACCUCCACAUCCUCACCGUGGGCGUCCACACGUACAGCAGCGACGCGCGGUUCGCUGCGCUCCACACUGACGGCACGGACGAGUGGACGCUGCGAGUGGCGCCGGCGCAGCCACGUGACUCUGGUGGCUACGAGUGCCAGGUCUCCACGGAGCCUAAGAUCAGCCUGUCCUUCAGGCUCACCGUUGUUGUGUCGAAGGCGGAGAUCCUCUCGGGGCCCGAGCUGUUCGUGCGGGCCGGAUCCGAUAUCAACCUCACGUGCAUCGCGAGGCAUGCGCCGGAUCCCCCCAGCUUCAUCUACUGGUACCGCGGCUCACAUGUUGUGAACUACGCGCAGCGCGGCGGUAUCAGCGUCGAGACUGAACAACGAACGCGCACCAGCAGGCUACUGAUCGCGCGCGCCGCGCCUAGAGACUCCGGGAACUACACUUGCGCUCCUAGCAGCUCUGGUUAGUACUUACAUGCCUACCUAGCGACCUUCCUAGCAACUUUCGCCAAGGGCA